AUGCUGGUCCUUUCAAGUGUCAUACACAAUAUUCUUUCGGCGGAAAAGCCUUCUGUAGAUGAUGUGGAGAAGAACGAAGAGGAGGUUUCUCGUACAGAAGACCCCAGCACUCCUCUCCAGAGUAAACCAACCAGCAUUCCACUCUCUGGAGAAUCUGUCUUUCUGGACGACUCGAAACUUCCUGACACCCACACUUAUCGUUUGCUUCCCAUAUUUUCUGGAAUCAUGAUACCCUUCUCCAUCAUGCUUUCUAUUCCUAGUCUGACCGGGCACUGGUAUAUUCGUACGGGCGACGACAGCGUCCUUCUGGAAACUCGACCAAAUCCCCCUCUUCUCGAUGCCGCCAUGGGGUUGAGCAUGGGAUGUGGCGUUCUUGCCAGUGCAUGCCUCGUGGUUCGAUUUGCUGAGAGGCACAUACGCUUAAUGACAUUCUUGUGCAUCGUGUUCUUGACGCUUCACGAUCUUAUAAACAUACCUGCCGUUACAAUAUUCGGUGUUGAGCACCGAUUUGACGACGGAUUUACUUAUGGGCAGUCAUUUUGGUUCACUGUCUGCUCCACAAUUGCCUCUACGGCUACAAAUAUUACCCUCAUUACCGACUAUUAUCAAACAAAGGAUUUUAUACAUUCUGGAAGCGGACUAACACAUAAGCAACGCUCUCUGGUCAUUAUUGUUAUUGUAUUGCUUUGCUACGUAUCCAUCGGGUCCCUUAUACUGGCUAUCAUGCUAAAUAUAACAUUUAUCGACGCCCUAUACUUCUCUGUUGUUUCAAUCGAAACCGUCGGAUUCGGUGACCUCCAUCCAUUAACUACAGGCACACGCAUCUUUACGUGCUUCUACAUCGCCGGAGGAAUUCUUAACCUUGCUCUAGCGGUUGCCCUCUCACGUGAAGCCUUGCUCGAAUCCGCCGCGGUCGGGUUCCGUACUCGUCUGAGAGCAGCAGAAACGCGUCAGCGCGAGCGACAUAUCCGGAGCCGGUGGCGCGCUGCCGUGCGCUGGCGGCUCCGCGCCCAAGGUCAGCCAAUGUGGAUCAACGAUCGCGAUGAAGAGCGACGACUACGCGUCGGGGAAAAACUGCACCAUCACUGGUACUCCGCCGUCUGCCAUAUGUGGCGGAAGAUCUGGGACGAGGUGUGGAGGGAAUGGGAAGACCCUGCGUGGAAGUAUGUCUAUGGCCCAGGUCACAGGAGGUUGAAUUUGGAAGUGUUGACGGAAGCGCAGCUAGAAACUGCAGCUCUGGAGGCGGGAGCACCACUCUCUGAGUUAGUACCAAAGGGACUGAAGCUCAGAGAUGGAUCUCAGUCUGAUGGGGGUCACGGUCCUACUUUUCCUCGCUUUGAUUCAACCGUAAGUGGAACGGGUAUCCCUCCCUCACUUACCCAUGUUCGUAUUGGAGGAAUGGUUUCAUUACUAGGAAAAUUUGCUGUCGCCAUGGCUGGGGGAUUUGAAUAUACUCUGGAACCACAAACCGCAGCAACCUUUGUGGAUCAAGACGGUGAAGCUGAUCUUGGCGCAGUGGAUAAAGAUGGCGACCCGACGCCGACUGGCCUGGGUGUACCAUUUUCACGGACAAUGACUAUGACGACCUUUAUAGAGGACGAAACAACACUGGCAGAAUCACUGGAGAUUGAACGACGGAAUGCAUUUCGUGCCAGGCUCACGGUCGCAUUGACGCUAUUUAUGCUUUUCUGGAUGGCUGGAUCGGCUAUUUUUAUGCAUACAGAGGGAUGGGCAUUCGGAUCCGCUGUAUAUUUCUGCUUUAUUUCUUUCACUACCGUUGGAUAUGGGGACCUUGCACCUAAAACUCCAGCAGGUCGAUCGAUAUUUGUAGUUUGGGCUCUUCUUGGUGUUGGAACAAUGACGAUCCUGAUAUCUAUUCUCGCUGAAGCAUACUCAAAUCAAUAUAAAAGUAUGAUCAAGUCUGAAGUUAUACAGGAAUCGACGAUAAUUAAAAUACCAGACGAUUAUUCUGUUGCACCUCGCAGACCAUCUGCUAUCUCUUUCGGGAACGGUUUGAACACGUUUCCAGCAUGUGCAAACACGCCACGGAUCGGAAGAAGUCGAGGACCUAGCGUGGCUGCUUCUACAGGGCUUCAGAUUGGAUCGACGGCUGUUGCGAGCAUGUUGCAGCAGCGACAGGCGAAGGGUGAAAUGGACAUUCUGCCACAACAAGUCUUGAAGCAUGCUGAAAGCAUACGCACUCUCCUUGCGAGACUCACUUCCGAUAAAAAUGCCGUACCUCCGCCUGAAGCAGCCAAUGAUAUUUCAGGUGUUCCUUUCUCUUCUCCUAUCAAUUUGGACCAGUUGCUUUCUGAAGUUGAAAAAUCAUUGCAUGACAUAACCAGUUCUGCUAAAAGAGCGAUGGACACACCCUAA